CAAAUAUUUGCUGCGAAAAGUCAGUAACUUACACAUCAUAAACUCUAAUAAGUGAUGUGAUUUUUUUUUUGGAAAUUACUCGAAAUUGCUUAAUUCCCGAAUAUUUUGUGACCAUCAUUAUUUAAUUUCCGUCAUAUGCUAUGGCAUCUGUGUAUAUUUACGAUAAAAUAUUGAUUCUGUUGUGUUUUUUAACCGUGUUCAUCUACGCAUUUGAAGUCGGGACAGAUAGUACCUUUUCAUUUGUAAAUGAUGUAAGCCUUUAUGACCUCAAAACAGCGGCAGAGCAAUCAGUUGGAUAUCGAAUAUCCGGUGAUUUAAAGGUUUCGUCAAUCUAUGGUGAUAGCGAAAAUGGUUUUUUAUUGCGUUUUAAGCUUAUAUCACCGCAAUUAUAUCUCGAGAAAUUCAAGGCAAUACCUAUUGACUAUGAACAGAAAAAGUCAAUUCUUGAUGGACAUGAUAAGUUGAUAUUUUAUGCACAUUGGAAAGCAGGGAUUGUUGAGAAAGCAUUCAUAAAAGAUACCAAAGAUUCUUCAUUAAAUAAUUUUGUAAGGUCAAUUUUAAGUUUAUUCCAAUUUCAAAUGUCAGAUGGUGAAGCUGUUGAAACAGAUGUAACAGGAACAUGCAAUGUUAAAUAUAUUGCAAAGUCAUCCCGAAGAUUUAUGAAAAUAAAGACUAACUGUAAGAAUGAGAACUUUAAUAAUCAUGAAAGAACUGACCAGCCACUUGGAUGUGAUACAAAAACCACACGAGUCAACAUUGUUGAGACAUCAGCUGAUGGAAUAUUAGAUUCCAUUCAUAGUUCUGAUCAUCACAAGCUUAGUGUAAAUGCUUAUAAGAAUGUUGGAUUCAAAACAGGAUCACUAUUCUACUUGAAACUUGGUCUUGUCAAAAGUUGUGAGACAAUAAAAGCUGAGGAUUUUGAUGAGGCUUUCAAGACAUUAGAUGGCUUUAAAGAAACAACAUUGUUACCAGAAGUUGAAGGGGAUAGCUCUGAGGAUGGAAAUCUCGUCAAACUGAUCAAAGAUGCAAAAGAUAAUCUCAAAAAUGAGGACGUAGGAAAAGAAAAUUCUGCAUUAGCACUGCUUAAUCUAGUUUCAAAAGGAAGAGAGUCAAAGGCCGAAGAUCUCUUAAGAAUCAUCAAUGCAAGAACAACAAAGGAGAUAAGGGGACAACUAAUGGAUUUACUUGCAGCUAUCCAAACAGAUGAAUCAUAUCUUGCAUUCAGAAGUACUUACAACCUAACAGAUGACGAGAAUAUUGACACUAUUGAGAGAUAUUUGCAGUCGUUGUCAGUUGGAAAUCUUCCACGUCAGUCAGUUAUUAGUCAUUUACUGCAGUCUAUUGAUCAGAUAGAAAAUGGAAAGAUAAGAGAUACGGUUAUACAGACAAUCUCAUCAAUGAGUAACAAACUUGCUAAUUCACCUAAUCAGAGUUUUGAAAAUGAAGCUGUUGUUAAUGUUAAAAAUCUAUUAUUGAAAUCUAUUGAUGAAUGCGAGGACAAUAGCUGCAAAUUAAUCUACAUUCGUGGCCUUAAAAAUCUUCAAUCUCCUGACACAAUUAGGAAGUUGGUCGAAUUAGCAUUAAGAGAACCUUAUCAGAUAUCCGUUGGUGCUAUGAAAGCUUUAAGUAGAUUCCACAGAAUUGAUCUAGAAGGAUGGAAAAAAGACUUCCAAAAUAUUUUUUAUCAGAUCAGAAAAAAGUUUGACACAAGCGCUAGAACAAUAGCUUUUGAUAUUUUAUUGAGUCUCAAUCCUGAAACAGAUGAAAUUAAAGAUUAUGUUUCAUUCCUCAAGUCUCAAGAUCCAGCAUAUGAAGUUAAGCAAUAUAUAGUUCAAAAAUUGAGAAUGAAGGCUGAUAAAUGUUCUGAAUUUGCUAAGAUUUUAAAGCUAAUCGUUUCAAGUGAUCCUGAAGUUUACAAUUGGAAUGUCUAUGGUGCUCUUAAGGGUCUUUCAACAGCUUUAAAAAGGAAGUUUUCAUCACAACCCUCGUUCAAUGGAUCAUUACUAAGUGUACAAGAGAUCAAGGGGGGUGUUUUAAAAAGAGGAAAUGUCGAUCUACUAAUGGAAUAUGAAAGUGAGACAUUCAGUGCAUUUACAUUAGGUCUGUUUGCUGGUGGAUUGUCAUCAUUUGUUAGCAGCGAUGAUGAAGAAGUUGAUCCAGAUGAAGAUGCCACUGCAACAGCUGGAAUGGAAAUUGCUGUACAAGGAAACUAUCUUAGACCUUUGGUGUUCUUUAGUGGACAAGGAGAGCUUAUGGGACAUGUUUGGUCUGGAACUGCCUCUGAACCAACUUCUGCAUAUCAAGGAAUAACUCUCUUACAAGAUCACAAGCAAAUGUUUGUGCUGAAUAACGGUGCACUAUUAGAUUAUUCAACAUUAGGUGCGAUGUCAAUGGACUUGAAUGGACAGUUCACAAUUAGUUUGUGGUAUAAGAACGCAAAUUCAGUAGUUCUUCAAAAUAUAGGCUUAGCAUUGCUGAGUAGUGUAAAAAUUUCAUCACCAAUUGUGUCAGCGGAAGUACAAACUUCAUUGUCUCAAGAGCCGCAAAUAAACCUUUCAUCAAAAAUUGACUUUUCAUCAAAAACAGUUAUGUGCUUACAGUUAAUGCAGCCUAAUAUACAGUUGACACAAAAAAUUACCAAAAGGAUAGACAUCCCGAAGACAAAGAAGGAGAAGGCAUUUAAGAAUGAAGUAUAUUUGAGAUACAAAAUCCCUGGUCACACACACGUAUUAAAUCAAAAGAAUAAUGAUAUGUGUAAUGCAAUAAUGGAUAAUUAGAUAUUAAUAAUGUUAAUAAAAUAUGAGUGAAUUACCAAUCAA